AAAUAGUACAGGCACUUCCCAAAAUCGAGAAGACUCAAUACAAAAUCAUUCUGUCCCCCAAAGGUACUAUCUCGGGACAUCCAACACGAUGGAACCUCAGGGAAUCAGAGAAGAGGCCUUCCCCGCACGAAGCAGGCAGGAAACGGGAACAGUAAACGGCGUCCCAACAGAAGUCACUUCAGUUUCCUUUUCCGACAAGUUUGUAUUGACAAUCUCACAAGACGGCAAGCUCUCGCAAUGGAUCCAAGUACCUUUGCAAGCUUCCACAAGCGGCAUGGUUGACCUGAGCCUGCCUUCAACCAGCCAGGGCCUUCUCCCAUCUGUCCACCUGACGCCCAAGACUCUUCUAGGAGGUGGAGGUGAUGAGAGAGAAACGCUGGGGCAGCUCUACGCAGCACAGAUUGCCAGUCUCAUGUCCACGAGAGAUCCCGAGGAUCGCAGGACGCUCGUGGUGGGACUUGGGCUCACUAAGGUUGACACUGAGCGAGAAGCUUUCUUCGAUACAGUCGAGUUGGUUCAGAAGGUUCUGUGAGAUACCUGCCAGAUAACGUGGUAAAUCUCGUAUCGGAAAGCUGCAAUGAUGAUGAUCGCUUCUGCAACUAGUCUCUGAACAGAGCAUACGCUGGCUGAAAGGCAUCUCGCUGAUGGAAGUCGAAUGCCCUCUGGUGGGAAUCAAACCUCAAUAUCAGUACUGGUAUGCCAUGAAGAUAUCGCACAAGG